AUGUCGUCUACUGAUGUAAACGCCGUUUUGGCGAAGCUGACGCUUGAGGAGAAGAUCUCACUGCUUGCCGGUGCCAACUUCUGGGAAACUGUGCCGAUUGCAUCCAAGGGCGUGCCGGCCCUGAAGGUUUCAGAUGGCCCGAACGGCGCCCGUGGCGGGACAUUCUCGGGCGGCGUGACGUCGGCCUGCUUUCCGGCGGCCUGCAGCGUGGCCUCGACGUUUGACGUGGACAUUGCGCGGCGAAUCGGCGUGGCGCUGGGCGAGGAGACGCACACCAAGGGCGCGCGGGUGCUGCUGGCGCCGACGGUCUGCAUACACCGACAUCCGCUGGGCGGGCGCAAUUUUGAGAGCUUUUCAGAGGACCCCUUCCUGGCCGGCAAGCUGGCCGCACGGGUGAUUGAGGGAGUGCAGUCGGAGGGCGUGUCGGCGACAAUCAAGCACUUUGUGGCCAACGAACAGGAGACGCGGCGUCUGAGUGUCAACACGAUUGUGGGCGAGCGAGCGCUGCGUGAGAUCUACCUGAAGCCGUUUGAGAUAGCGAUCAAGGAGGCGAAGCCCGGGGCCGUGAUGACAUCGUACAACCUGAUCAACGGCACGCACGCAGACUCGAGUCCGUUGCUGAAGGAUGUGCUGCGCGGAGACUGGGGCUGGGAUGGACUGGUGAUGAGCGACUGGGGCGGCGUGAACUCGACGUUGGAGGCGCUCGAGGCCGGCACCGAUCUUGAAAUGCCGGGGCCGACGCAAUGGCGCAAGAUCGAGGCCGUGGCCGCGGCCGUUCGCGACGGCCGGCUGUCGUCGCAGACAAUCGACGAGCGGGCGCUUCGGGUUCUGCGCUUUCUCCAGCGACAGGACUGCUUCGAGGACGCCACGAUUUCCGAGGAGAAGGCAGUUGACCGGCCAGAACACCGGGCGCUCAUCCGCGAGGCUGGCGGCAAGGGCAUCGUCCUGCUCAAGAACGAGGGAGCUGUUCUGCCGCUGAGCAAGGACCGGCUCAAGGGAAGGAAGGUAGCUAUUUUGGGCUAUGCUGACGAGUGUCUGGCCCACGGAGGCGGCAGUGCAGCGGUGAACGCACACUACAAGAGUACACCUUUGGAUGCUCUGCGGGAGGCUCUAGGGGAGGAUGUUGAGGUGACUUAUGCCAAGGGCGCCCCAACCUUCCGUCAGCUACCCCUCCUGACUGAUAAUGUCGUCGGCCUCGACGGCUCGCACGGCUUCACAUACCUGAUCUACAGCCCGGGCAACCCUACACCAGUCAAGACGAUCCACGGCCACGGCCAGUCCGAGGUCUCGCUGAUCCAGCCAGUCUACCACGACGCCAACGAGGCCGAGCUCGUCGGAACCUUUACGGCCCCCGAAACCGGCACCUACUACCUCACGCUCUCUGGCAUGGGCCCGUCGCAGCUGUUGAUCGACGGCCAGAUCGUCUACGACCAGCCAGCCAACUGCCCCGACUUUAUGGGCUUUCUGCUCGGUGGCGUGGCCGUGCCGUUUGUCCCGUUCCAGCUACAGGCCGGCACCCAGUACAAGCUGCAGAUCCGAAGUAGGCCACCGACGCCGGACGAGGGCGCCGACAUCAUCCCUAUCUUCCAGCAUCAGCCGGGUGUUCGUCUGGGCCUGAUGACGGCUGCUGUCCACGACCAGGAUCUGCUGCCUGAGGCGGUCGAGCUGGCCAAGGCAGCCGACGUGGCCAUCGUCUUCACCGGCCACGCGGCCGAGUGGGAGACCGAGGGCCAGGACCAGGCCAGCUUCCACCUGCCCAAGAACGGCAGCCAGGACCGGCUCGUGGCCGCUGUGGCUGCUGUCAACAGCCAGACGGUCGUCGUCAACUCGACCGGCGUCGCUGUCGCCAUGCCGUGGCUUGACCAGGUUCAGGCCCUCGUGCAGUCCUGGUUUCCCGGUCAAGAGGCUGGCCACUCCAUUGCCGAUGUUUUGGUCGGCGCUCGCAACCCUGAGGGCCACCUGACCUGCACUUUUCCCCGCCAGAUCGAAGACAGCCCGGCCUACGGCAACUUUCCCGGCACGUACGACGAUCAGAACAGGCUGACGGUCACGUAUGCUGAGGGCGUCUUUGUCGGCUAUCGCCACUACGAUCGCCUGGCCGCUGACAAGGUCAACUUUCCUUUUGGCUUCGGCCUCUCCUACACGGCCUUUUCAUACGUCGAACUGGCCGUCAGCCCGGUCUCGCCCGACGAGUACAAUGUCCGGGUCACCGUGGCCAACACGGGCGCCGUCCAGGGCGCAACGGCCGUGCAGAUCUACGUCGGUGGUACCGUGGCUUCGGCCGAGACCCCGGUCAAGACCCUGGCCAGCUUCAAGAAGAUCACCCUGCAGGCGGGCGAGAGCACCGUCGUCGAGCUGCCCGUCAAGCUGCAGGAUGUGGCCUCGUGGGACGAGAAGACUCAUAGGUGGUCCAUCCAGGCCGGAGACUACAAGUUCAGCGUUGGCAAGAAUGCCCGCGACAUGGUGCUGUCAGUGGACGUGCAUCUCGAAGCAAAGACGUAUCUGCCGUAG